AUGAGCGCGGAUGAUGACCAGGAAGUUGGCCGAUGGCCUUCCUUUGAAGGCAGGAAUAGGUGGCCAUCUGAUGCUAGCCACCAAGACCUAGGACGACGAUUGAACGGAAAUGGAUUCAGGUGGGCAGAAGAGUUCGAUGACGAGAUACACAUAGCGGAAACACCAAGGGCGACUGAAGAAGUUCAAUCCGAAAAGUUUGAGGACAUUCUCGUGAAUGGAGUUCGCGGCAAUGGAGCGUUUGAUGACGCACCACAUAAUGCCAUAGAUGAACCUAAUUUGGACAACCCAUUUGCAUUGUUCGAAUCUGUGGAGACGUUAGAUGAAGGGGUGGAAUGCUUUGCUUCCCAGCAUGGUCUUCUAUCGGAGGUUGAUGGCGUGAAGCGGGCAGCUCGUUUUGAGAGAGAUGAUAUGGAGGCUUUCGGCGACCCCGAUUUUCCGGAGGAGGAAAAAAUUGCCUUGCAGGACGAACGCAAAGCUACAUUCUGGCAGCAGACGCGAAGUCUUCGUUCUGCUGUUCUCAUCAUUGGCGGACUAUCAGGUGUCUGCCAGGGAUGGACACAGAGCACACCAAUUUCUCCUUGGUGCACUAUCUGCUUCUGUAACACUUGCAUCAGGUAUCUUAAGGGCCGGGUCCUGAUUUAUCAUGAUAGAGGUCUACUCAUUGCCGACCCUAUUCAGAACCACUGGCUGGGAAGACGUGGUGCCGUCGCAAUUUCUGCAGCCAUAAGCAUGGGAGCGACGAUUGGUGCUGUUUGCUCGCGGACUCCAGCGGAGCUCAUUGGCUGCAGAAUACUGAUCGGGGCUGCGCUUGGGGCCAAAGCAAGUGUGAUCGCACCAUUUUUGGCGGAACUUGCGCCAGUGCAUAUGCGAGGUGCUCUGCUAUCCACAUGGCAAGUUUCAGACGCUCUUGGCAUCUUCCUUGGGGAUGUAUCUUGGAAAGUGGUGGACUCAUUCAACCUGGAGCCUGACACGGCAUGGCGAUUCCUGAGCGCUACCACUCUGAUACCUACCAUUCCCUUAAUGAUGUCUUCCUACAUGAUCCCAGAAAGUUGGAUGUUUUUAAUGAAGACGGGGGAAUAUUCCAAAGCAACCGAGGCGGCUUGCCUCUACCGAAAAUACCCCAUCCAAGGAUUCCGAGAUAUCAUCUCUAGCCAUUUCCAAAUGGAAGCAGAAGGAGAGCUCAUGGAGAUCCGGAAGGUUGCUAAAAAAGGGGAAUCCAAAGGCAAAUGUUCUGAUGAAGAAAGUAAACCUGCUCCAGGGAGGAAUGUUUUUGCGGAUGAGACCAAACCGUUAUCAGAGCGUCUCGCCCACUUUCCACCAGGAUUGUGUUUGCGUUCCCAACGAGGCCAGAACAACGAAAUUUGUACUCACAGUUACCAUAUGAAAGAGGCGCACUUUUUUCGAAGACUGGCGCAAAUCAUUCAAGACCCUCGCUGUCGCCAUGCUCUCGUAUCUGGAGGAACAAUAAUGUUGACACAGUCACUGUGCGGAAUCAACGCACUCGCUUUCUUUUCUUCCUCUCUUUUGGAUGCUGGAAUCAGUCCUGAAUAUUCUUUGAUUCUGGCCCUUUGCUUUGGCGCAGUGUGCUUUAGCUUUGGACUAUUGACUCCAUUACUCAGUGAUAGACUCGGCAGAACCAAUCUAGUGCUUCUCGGGUUGCCAGUUAUGGCUGUUUUUAUGUUUAUAUUGGCCUCGCUCUUUGAGCUGGACAACAGCGCGAGAACACCCACAAUCAUGCUUUUUACAAUGCUGUUUACUGCUGUGUAUGCGUUCACUGUGGGACCUGCGGCGUUCAGCCUCUCCGCUGAAUCCUUUCCAAGCACCGUUCGCGAGGCAGGCAUGGCUAUGUGUGUUUUUAUCAAUUUAACAUCCCUUGGAAUCCAGCUCCUGAUGUACCCAUUCAUAACAACGCCCAUUGGUUUCACAACGAGCCUUUCCAUAUAUGGCUGCGUCAAUAUCGUUGGCUUUGUCGCAUGCUUCCUGUUUUGUGUUGAUACUAGAGAUCGGACAUUGGAGCAACUGCAAUUUAGCUUUGAUCUGCCGUUGUCGGUGCACUGCGAGUAUCGUAUAUUUUAUGUGCUCCCUGAGGUAUGCAGAAGAUGUCGUAUAUUUGUCGCUCGAAGGAUUCGAAGGAAGGAAGGCGAAGCGGAAGCGGGGGAUGGUGAAAGCAUCGGUAGCGACGGUGGGACCAAAUGGGAACUGAUCCCGUUUUAUCGGUGGGCAAGAAUCCAAGAUCCCAAUCGCCCAUCGGUGUACGCACAACUUCUCAGUGUUGUCCACAGAAUGCUCCCUACCAAAGCACGCCAAUGGAUGAAAGUGGAAAAGGUCGCAGACCGGAGUGGCCCGGUGACCCCAGACUCCCAGUAUACCGUUGGACAGGGAACGAGAGAGUUUUGACCGGCGAUAAUGUGUAAUCUGGACCAUAGGUACAUAAAUGAACAGUCAUGUGUAUUAACUCUGGAUGUGUGCAUCGUUGAAACCCAAACUUGGUGGAGGGCGCUUGUGGUGACGAAGAGGUGAGCGAAGCAUGGGAACAGGUUACUGGCCUAAGUUAGUUAGUUAGCCUCAGUAGGCGAGCACCUGCAU